CCCCCAUCUCCCCAUCUCUCUCUCGCUAUAGAAAAUGGCGUCUCAGAGACUCACGGAGUACGAGCGUAAACGCCUUGAAAACAUCAAACGCAACGACGAACUGCUCGCCUCUCUCAAGAUCCAUUCCAAGCUUGCCGAUCUAUCAGCAUCCGCCAAGCGUAACAGGGAACAGACUAAAUCUUACAAAAUUAGUCCACAGAAGAAAGCAAAAUCCGAAACCCCAAUUGUAAUCCGUAGAUCUCUAAGAACCCAAGGAAAAAAGCCAGAUUCUCCAGGGUUAGCAGAUGAUUUCAACGAAUCUUCUAAGAAACAAACAACACCCAAAUCACAAGUCACGCCUGAUAAAUCCGCUCGAGAAUUAACACCGCUUCUUAUGAGAGACGUGAGGGUUUCUUCUGAGCCGGAUGAACCACUUGUCAAGAAGAUUCUGAGUGUAUCUAAGGAUUCACCAUCAAACGGAGCAAAGAAUGGAGUUGGAAUGAGGGUUACAGCUUCGAUUGAUUUGGAAUCGAUGGAGUUGAUGCCAGAGAAUAUUGCUCGUGUUGUACCUAACAGGAUACUGUCAGUUAAAUUCUUUCCAUCCGCAGAUAUAAGGAUGGUUGUUGUCGGGAACAAAUUUGGGGAUUUAGGGUUUUGGAAUAUUGAUUCGGAAACUGAAGAUGGUGAUGGGAUUUAUAUGUAUCGUCCUCAUCCAGCUCCUGUUUCAUCGAUUUGUAUUCAACCUUUUUCCAUGAACAAGAUCAUUACAUGCUCUUAUCAUGGUCUUAUUCGCACAUUAGAUGUGAAGAAGGAGACAUUUGAUCUUACUUAUUCCACUGAAGAUGCGAUUUUUUCUAUGUCCCAAAGAUCUGAUGAUGUGAACUCUUUAUAUUUUGGUGAGGGCCAAGGAGUUCUUCGUGUUUGGGAUGAAAGAUCUAAUAGCUCAUCAAUGGCUUGGAACUUGCAUGAUUCUAGGAUCAACACCAUAGAUUUUAAUCCAGCAAACACCAAUUUAAUGGUUACAAGCUCUUCAGAUGGAAGUGCCUGCAUUUGGGACUUGAGGAAGCUUGGUAAAAAAAGUAAUCCAGAUUCUGUUAAAGAGAUUAGACGUGAUAGGGCUGUACAUUCAGCUUACUUCUCUCCUUCAGGCAACCUUCUUGCUACAACAAGUCUUGAUGAUAAGGUUGGAGUGGUAAGUGGAGCAAAUUAUGAUGAUGAGUUUUUGCUAUAUCAUUACAAUCAGACGGGUAGAUGGCUUUCUUCAUUCAAGGGUGUGUGGGGAUGGGAUGAUUCGUAUGUAUUUGUGGGAAGUAUGAAGAGAGGGGUUGAUGUUAUUUCUACUGAAGAGAAGAGAAUUGUUACUACUCUUGAGAGUCCUCACAUGACUGCAAUACCAUGUCGUUUUGAUGCUCAUCCUUUGAAUCCUGGGAUGCUUGCUGGGGCGACAAGUGGUGGCCAGGUUUAUGUAUGGAGUUUAUAGUGAUAACUCAACUUUUUUUUUUUU